GUUUAACCAAAUCUGGAAGGCUAAAUGUUUUCCCAACAGGGUUUUCAAAGGGUUAAGCUGGUAGAGCUGAGCUGCCUAGAGAGGGCUGUGAAAGCCAAAGGAGGGAGGAGUAAACAUUGCCAAAAGUGGGGCAGAGGGGGCUUUUGUUCUUAUUGAAACUCCAAGAGAGAAGGAAGGAAGGGAGAGGGUCUGGCCUGGCUUGGCCUCUGUCUUUGGAGGCACCCAAAAGAAAGGAAAGGAGGAGAAAGAAAAAGGAGGAGGGCGCAUAGGAAGAGGUCUGGCUAACCAUGGGUCCAAAGAAAGUCGGUGCCAAGAAGAAAAGGAUGAUGUGCUUGGAUAUAAAGCACGAAAUCAUCGAGAAACACGAGCAAGGUGUGCGUGUUGUCGACUUGGCAAGGCAGUACGAUCGUAGCGCUUCAAUGAUAUGUUCGGUUUUGAAGCAGAAGGAGUCAAUCAAGGCCAUAACGCCAGCCAAGGGCGUCACGAUUAUUUCAAAGCGCCGGACUGCUCUCCACGAAGAGAUGGAGAAGUUGUUGUUGGCGUGGAUGACGGAGAGCCAGCUCGCGGGAGAUUCCGUGACCGAGAGCAUCAUCUGCGAGAAGGCACGGGCCAUUUACAGGGAUUUGAUGCGUCAGACGCCGGGAACAUCAACGGAUGAGGCACCGAAAGAGUCGUUCAAAGCCAGUCGGGGAUGGCUUGAUAAUUUUAAAAAGAGGAUUGGCAUUCACUCCGUCGUUAGGCACGGUCAUGGUCAACACUUCCAAAAACAUCCAGACUUUGGGGAGAAGGAAAGAGUGAAAAUGGAUCCAGAAGAGCCUAGAAGCAGUAUACAAAGCAAGGUGCUGGAAAGCACAGGAAAACAUGGCCUAGGUUUCAACUCCAACGUAGAUCAUAAUGAAAGAAAUGAAUCUCCGGAAGUGAUGUAUUCUGGGGCGACGGGAAUGUCUCUCUCCAGGGUCCUUCUUCCUCCAGUGCAGCAAGACGAAUGUACAGCCCAGCUCUGGGAAUCCCAGAAGUUCCUGAGGACAAUGGAGUGCUCUCACUCACAAUGGACAUCCCCACCAUUGUCCAAGGAGACCACGCCAUUAGAGGACACCAGGGACUUCCUGGCCUCCUUUGAGCGCGUGGCCGAAGCAUGCCAUUGGCCGAAGGAAGAGUGGACGACCCGACUCCUGCCGGCCCUCAACGGAGAAGCCAAGGAGGCCUUUCUCAACCUGGACGAUGAAAACAGAGAGGACUAUGAGAAGGUCAAGGCGGCCCUCUUGAGAGGAGAUGCCAUCAUCCGAGAGAAGGACCGUCAACGCUUCAGGGGGUUUAGAUGCUUGGAGGCCGAAGGGCUGAAAGAAGGUUACAGACAACUUCAGGAACUUUGCCGCCGGUGGCUGAAGGUGGAGAGACGUUCCAAGGAGGAGAUGCUGGAGAUGGUGGUUCUGGAACAGUUCCUGGCCCUCUUGCCCACAGAGGUCCACGACUGGGUCAUGGGGCAUUACCCGGAGACCGGCUCCCAGGCGGUGGACCUGGCCGAGGAUUUUCUUUUGCGGCAGCGAAAGGCUGAAAGGGAAGAAGAACAGGUGCCGCAGGAAGUAUUGGAGGCUGCAAGGUGCUCAGAGUCAGACCAGCUUGUGUCGGAUGAACAGGGGCAGCUGCCCAUCAGCAUAAAGAAGGAAAAGGAGGAUGAACUGACCAGUAUGUUUGAAGACUCUGCUCCCUCUGCUUCUCCUUUGAAUCCAACAAAAAAGGAGUGGGGGACCCCAGAUGACAACGAGAAAUGUAUGCCCAAAAUCUCUAGUGUUGUGGGAUCCUACGAGUCAUCAGCCUGGAAGGUGGAGGAGAAUGUUACUGCAUCUUUCAAGGAGAAAAACUCAUCCCUUGUUUUGGGCACCGAAAAUGGCGUUGAUUGGCUGAAGCAGGAGUGGGAACCGUGCAUAAUAUUAUCAGCGAAAACAGAUGUCGAAGCCACAAAAGAGAGUGUGAAUGCCUCAAGAAUGGUGGAAGGAGAACAUGCAAAGGAAAGAAGGGAGGGAUGCUUUCCUGGUCUCCUUGAAAACCCAGUGGAAAAGGAACAUAAGGCGGACGCAGUGGAGAAGUUGUACGUGUGCUUUGUGUGCAGGAAAGGCUUCAACCGCAUCGAAAGCCUUGCUUCACACCAAAGAAUCCACCAGGAAGGGAAACGGUGCAGCUACUCCGAAUAUGAAAAGGGCUCCUGUGAUCAGUCUACUAAGCACCAAGGGAGACACACAGAGAAGAAGCCAUAUCAAUGCGCUGUGUGCAAGAAGAGCUAUCAGCAGAAGGUGCGCCUGAUAAUGCAUCACAGGAUUCACACAAAAGAGACUCCGGGGAAACACUUGGAGUCUGGCAAGAGUUUCGUUCCCAACACAAGCUUGGCUUCAAACCAGAAGAUUUACACGGGAGAGAAGCCGUACCAGUGUCCGUUCUGCAGGAAAAGCUUCGGCUACAAGGCCAGCCUUCUUUCCCAUCAGAUCAUUCACACGAGAGAGAAGCCGCACAAGUGCUCCGACUGCAGCAAGAGUUACUUGAUUCAGUCCAGCCUCAUGAAGCACAAGAGGAUUCACCGAGGAUGAAGGAAGUGUCUGGGAGCAAGAAAAGACUUCCCAAGAAGGAGAGAAGCCAUAGAAGUGCUCACUCUGUGGGAUUAGCCUUACUUACAAUGGAGAGUUUUUAUGCACACUCAACAAAUUAAUCCGGUCCAUACAAAUGUGUGUUGUUGUUGUUGUUCAUUCGUUCAGUCGUCUCCGACUCUUCGUGACCUCAUGGAGCAGUCCACGCCAGAGCUCCCUGUUGGCCGUCACCACCCCCAGCUCCUUCAAGGUCAGUCCAGUCACUUCAAGGAUGCCAUCCAUCCAUCUUGCCCUUGGUCGGCCCCUCUUCCUUUUGCCUUCCACUUUCCCCAGCGUAAUUGUCUUCUCUAGGCUUUCCUGUCUCCUCAUGAUGUGGCCAAAGUACUUCAACUUUGUCUCUAGUCUCCUUCCCUCCAAUGAGCAGUCGGGCUUUAUUUCCUGGAGGAUGGACUGGUUGGAUCUUCUUGCAGUCCAAGGCACUCUCAGCACUUUCCUCCAACACCACAGCUCAAAAGCAUCGAUCUUCAAAUGUGUAAAUAGCAGAAAUAAUAUUAGCAAUAAAUCAAUAAAUAGGAAAGAAUUAAACCUAAA